UUUUAAUGCGAGGAUUUUUUGCUAUCACAAGAGCUUUUGUAGCUCCAAUUUCUAAAUCUAUAUUUAGAUUCUCUAUUUAAUCAUAAAAAAUUUAAAUGAGAAUGUAUAUCAUAAACAUAUUUAUAUAAUAGUGUGAUCAAUUAAAUUAAUCAAAUUAUUAGACUUUCAUCAACUAUUUCAGGAUUAAGAAUAGCUAACCAAUAUGAAUUGUCCUUAUUUUCUUUACUAGAAGAGGCUAAAGGUAUUCAUAAUUUAUUAUUUUUAGGUAAUUCAUAUUUAUUUUAUGAAAAUCAAGAUGACUCUGCGGAACUUGACAUUAGGCAAAUUGGUUUGCAUUUAGGAUGUACAAAUAUCUUAUAUUGAGCAAUAAUAUAAAAUAUUUAAUUAUUGUAUUGUCAACAAAAAUAACAUUUCAAG